AGUAACAUAAAAGAAAUUCAGUAGUGCCUGAGCCUUUCUUGAUCAGGUGCUCUGAGAUAGGAAACCCUCAUAAGAAAAUACUCGUGAGAAUGGACAUGAGGAAGAGCUCGGAGGCUGAAACGAGUGGCGGUGAGUCGUCGGCGAUUGACUACGAGGUCUUCUUGAGUUUCAGGGGGCCAGACACUCGCCAAGGAUUCACGGAUUGCCUUUACCACGGUAUGCUAGACGCGAACAUCCGUGUUUUCUUCGACGAGGAAGAGCUCCACGUCGGCAAAGAAAUAGGCGACGAGCUACCGACGGCCAUCGAAAAGUCGAAGAUCUACAUACCCAUCUUCUCUAAAGAUUAUGCUUCGAGUGCAUGGUGCCUUCGUGAGCUAGCACACAUGGUGGAGUGCAAGAUAUCCAAACCAUCCGAGAAGGAAAUUAUGCCGAUUUUCUAUGACGUAGAACCUCGCGACGUUAAGCUGAAGUCUCAACGGUACAUCGGCGCUUUGGAGGAGCACGAGGAGAAGUUCGGCCCCCAGACGAGGGGAAAGUGGGAGGAUGCCCUCAAAAGCGUUGCCAAAAUCAAAGGAUGGGAGUUGAAAAAGCAAGGGCAUGGGAAAUUCAUUAAAUCGGUGAUACAAGAGAUUUUGAUGAGUCUAAAGAUAAAGGACAAAUAUGUGACCGAGCAUUUAGUCGGAAUGGACGAUCGAGUGGAAACUGUUGUGAAGUUGUUGGAUGUGAACUCUGGGGGCAUACGCUUUGUGCUAAUCCAUGGAAUGGGUGGAAUCGGCAAAACGACUCUCGCUAAGGUUGUGUUCAACAAACUAAAUUCCCACUUCAGUCAUUGCUGCUUCCUCGGAAAUGUCCGGGAAUCGUCGCUCAGCUUUGACCUAAAAAAUUUGCAGAAACAAUUAUUAUCUGACAUUUGUGGUUUGGGCUUUCAUGACAAAAUUAACGAUGUCGAAGAUGGGAUCAAGGUGAUUGCGAAGCGACUUUCUGACAAGAAACUCUUCAUUGUUCUCGACGAUGUGAGUGAUGAGGAGCAACUCGAGAAACUAGCCAUCAAGCACGUUUCAUUUGGCUCGGGAAGCAGAGUUAUUUUGACAACUAGGAACAGGAGCAUCAUAGAAGCUGACCAAACUCUAGAGUACGAAGUGAAGCACUUGGAUUCCGGUCAAUCACUCGAGCUUUUCAGUAGACACGCUUUUGGAAAGAAUCCUCCUCCAUAUGAUUAUGUUGAUCUUUCGAGACAAGUAGUUUCUACGACCGGAGGGCUUCCCCUCGCUCUCGAAGUCGUAGGCUCAUUACUUCGUCGCCAAAGCAAACCCUUAUGGAUAGAUGUGCUGGACAAUCUAAGAGAAAUACCUCAUGAGAAGGUCCAGGACAAGCUGAAGAUCAGCUACAAUGUGUUGAGUCAUGAGCAAAAACAGAUCUUUCUCGACAUUGCCUGUUUUUUUGUGGACGAAGACAUGACAAAUGCAUUCUACAUGUGGAAGGAUUGUAGGUUUUUCCCGAAUUAUUCGAUUCAAGUCCUUGUCUGCAUGUCCUUGAUAAAGAUAACCGAUGACAACAAAUGUUGGAUGCACGACCAACUACGAGAUCUCGGGAGGAAAAUUGUCCUUGGAGAUACGAGGCUGAUGGAUCGAACAAAGCAGAGCAGGUUGUGGGAUUAUGAGACGGCCAAUAAUAUCAUAAGAACAGAAGAGAGAAAGGAGGCCAUUGAAGCAGUCUGCUUAGCUGGAAAGACCUAUAGGAGCAAAGAGUUUUCAAAGCUUCCAAACAUAAGGUUCCUCAAACUAAGUAGGGCACAAUUAGAUGGAGACUUUGAGAAUCAGCUUUCAGAGUUAAGAUACAUGUCUUGGCCUUUCUGUCCUCGAAAGUUCUUGGCAAUCAAUUUCCAUCCAACCAAUCUUGUAGUUCUCAAACUGUCUGAUAGUUUCAUCACGGAGGAUUGGGCUGGAUGGAGUCAAAUCAAGGUUGCCAAGAAGCUUAAAGUUUUGGAUCUCACGGAUUGCUUUUACCUGACGAAGACUACAGACUUCUCUCAUUAUACGAGUUUAGAGAGAUUGAUCCUUGAAAAUUGCUGGAGUCUAAUUGAAGUUGAUGAUUCUCUUGAAAAGCUCAAGUGCCUGGUUUACUUUAAUGCGAAUAGGUGUACAAGUCUUAGGGAGUUGCCUGAAGGAAUUGGACAGCUAGAGAAGCUUGAAUACUUGUAUUUAAGCAAUUGCACAGAGUUGAGGAAGCUACCCAAAUCAUUUGAGAGAGUGGCAUCACUGGUAGAGUUGGAUCUCUCAUAUACGGCCAUCAAGAGAUUACCCGACUCUAUUGGUAACCAAAAGCACUUGUCAGUACUUAAAUUGCGAUCUACGAAAAUCAAUGAACUUUCUAGUUCUAUCGGGAACCUACGGAAACUUAAGUCUCUCAUUCUAUCGUAUACUAGAAUAGGGGAACUCCCUAUGUUGAUUGGGAACUUGGAAUCGCUACUCAAGUUGGAUGUCUCGGGAACGCAAUGUCUACGGUUACCUGAAUCUAUCGGAGACCUAAGUAGAUUAAAAGUCAUCAAUAUUUCGCAUUCUUCGAUAACGGAGCUACCGCGGAGCAUUGUCGCGCUAAAAGAGUUGGAAGAGCUAUAUGCCACGGGUUGCAAGUCUCUGAAAUGGGAAAUUCCCGAGGACAUUUGGGAAUUAUCGCUUUUGAGAGUCCUUGACUUGAAAUCAACCCGUAUUGGAAAUGUUCCGGCAACGAUCAAACUACUUCCUCACCUAGAGAAAUUGGAAAUGUUUGGAUCAAGUUCGCUGCGGUCGGUUCCGAAUCUCUCAAACCUAACUAAAUUGGCGGAUUUGGCCUUCGGUGAUUGGGGUCUGAACAGUCCUCCGUUCUCGCAAGAUGGUCCUUUUUUCUCCCAAGAUGGUCCAUGCCUACAAUUCCUCACGCUCCUUCCACCGUCUCUGUCAACAUUGUCACUUAAAUUUCAUAAAUGCACAACCAGUUUGUCCUUUCAUUGCAAUUUGAGAAACUUGACGUAUUUGCACAUUUAUGCGUGCCGUUGGAAGGAAGUCCAAGUCGAUGGGCUUGAACAGUUGAUUGAAUUCGAAGUGAUAAGGUUAGAACUCCUCGAGGGAUUUGCCGGUCUUUCAAGGUUGAAGAGGUUGAAGCAGUUGAGGCUGAUGUAUUGCCCAAAUCUAACUGCCAUCCAAGGUCUUGGUUCGGUGGAGUCGUUGGAGCGAUUGGAAAUACACAGGUGUCCUAAGAUUGAAAGUCUAGAUGAUCUAUCGGAUUUGAAAAAGCUGGAGUCCUUGUGGAUUCGAGAUUGCGAUGAGCUUCUGGCGGUUAAGGGCCUGGAUGAACUAGAGGCUCUCAAACAUUUGACAUUUAGCAAUUGCAGGUCAUUGAGAAGUUUCCCUAGUGUACUCAAUUGGAAAGCACCAGACGAGUGCUCACUGUCAAUUUUCGGCUGCCCAAAUUUAGGAGAAAGUUCGAUUGGAGGCCGCGUCAGCGAGUACAAGCAACGGAAAGUCCGGGAAGAAAGAGGGAAGAAAAGAAAGAGGAGCGAAAGAAAGAUGAGGCGGCCAUUCUCUCGGGCUUGGGCUCUCGUGUUGCCCAAAUUUAGAAGAAACUUUGUUUAUAAACAGUUAGCAAGUACAAGCACCGGAAAGUCCGGGAAGAAAGAGGGGAAGAAAAGAAAGAGGAGUGCAAGAUGAAGCGGCCAUUCUCUAAG